CGGGCAGCCAUAUUUGUGCGCUCUAGUAGCUAACGGUCGGACGGAUUCGUAUGGGGAGAGGAAACCAGGGCAAGGAUUUAGUCCAGAUUGUGUUUACUUUUCGACUUUGCCAGGGAUCGAGGUUACACAGAAAUGUCGGAGGAAAUUGAGGGAACAAAGACGACCGAGGAGACGUUGGUAAAUGACCAGAACGAGAUGGACGACAAGGUGAUCAGUCCAGAGAAGGUUGAGGAGGCCAAGUUGAAGGCUCGCUACCCAAACUUGGGACACAAACCUGGAGGCUCCGACCUGCUACGCAAACGCCUGACCAAGGGGCAAAAGUAUUUUGACUCUGGGGACUACAACAUGGCCAAGGCCAAGGUGAAGAACAAGCAGCUUCCUGCAGCCACGUCAGAGAAGAGCGGAGGGGGAGAGAUCACAGGAGACCAUAUCCCUACACCUCAGGACCUGCCGCAGAGGAAACCUUCCCUGGUGGCCAGCAAACUGGCCGGCUGAUACACACACUGUCCUGUCUCUAACCCUGUCAAUACUCCUAACAAUCACCCUACUACACCUGUUCCUGUCUCACUACCUCCCCCCAUCUACUCCUGCACCAGUCCCAGAGAGACCCCUUCCUGGUGGCCAGCAAAUUGGCACACACCCCUAACCGCCUGUCCCUUGUUCUGUCCCUCACCCUCUUCACCCAGUCCUCUCAGCUUCCCUUCACCUUCCACUCUGUUAUGGCUCCCUCUUCCUCCUUUUCCUCCUCCCCUCUCUGUUCUUGUUUAUCUUCUAUUCUCAUGUAAAAAUACACUGAAAGCAAGGAUGAGGAUGUGUAGAAGAGAGAGGGAGUGGGAUGACUCCACUACAGAGGAGGAGACAUUAAAGAUGACUGGGACCAGCAAAUUGGGUGGCAGGUAGCUUAGUGGGUAAGAGCGUUGUGCCAGUAACCGAAAGGUCGCUGGUUCUAAUCCCCGGGCCG